AUGGCAAUAGAUAUGAAGAUUUUUAGAGCAGCCUUUUCAACUAUGGAAACGACAAUUGUUGAUAAUGUUAGAGCUAUGUUGUCGACAUUUGAAAAGGAGAUACUGAAAAGUUGUUCAACUCCUCAGUAUGUAAGUCCUCUGGUAAGAGUGUCAUCGGCGCCCGAGGAAGUGGUUCGCAACACUAAUAACAAUACAACCUUUCAUCCACCAACAAGAGUGCCUGCGAGAGCAGAAGUUGAUGCCCAGCGUAACGUAGAUGGAGUUGCAACACCUAUUGGAUCGAAUGCUGUUCGCUUUGUUCCCAAUGAGGUCAGACACUGUACUCAGAGGGGGACUAACAUUAGCGUCAAUGUCCCAUUAUCAACGAGUCUAUCUCCGGUUUCUCCUGGUGUAGUAGAUGACAACCUGAUUGUGGAUGGUGUUUAUGUGGCAAGAUCCGAAAGAGCUCCUUCUGUGGAUGCAACACGUCCUGCAAAUGAUACGGCAUGUCCUGCUCUUGAUCCUCGACUCAUGUUUGACCAACCAGAUUUUUCACUAGGCUUGACUCAGGAAGAAGAUACCAACGAAGUAGUUGUUCCUGAAGCUGUAAACGAAGACAACUGCGAACUUGGAUUCAGCGGCGAUGCUGAUGUGAUAUCCGAUGAUGCCGCGCUACCAUGCCAAGAGAAAAGGAAAAGCAAGCGCCAGAAAGUAGUUCCUAAGGGCUUGGUUGGUGACUACAAAUAUGAUAAGAAUUUUCUAAGUCGAGCAUUUGAAGCACAUGUCGCUCGGUGGAGGGGUGGUAAUGACAUUGACCUUGGAGAGAAGUAUUCAAAACUCAUUCUCAUGCUUAAAACACCAUUGUAA